UCUACUUCCUGAUGUCUUGAGAUGGCAAUUGUGCUCCGUUCCCGUUGGCUAAACUUCUUUAAAUGUGUCCGAAUGCACUAGUGUAGCUAUCCUUGCUUCCUUUGACAUGUUUUUAACGUUAUAUUCGUCGUUAUCAAACAAUGUCCAUGGCAUGCACGCUCGUCUGGUGUAAAACGCCUAGCAACCGCUGAACAUACCGCAACAUCUACUGCGCUCACGUGCUUAAAGCAGCAAAUUCCUAAGAAAAUUACAAGGAUCAUGAUUUUCAGCAUAUCCCUGCGCUCCAACCCAAUUCUUCGGAAGACAAAUCUUGCUGUGUGGCGAGCAUUGAGGUCAUGGAAGUCACGGCUGCACUCUUCUACAGUUUUUGCAUCCACUGGUUGUGACACUCAAAACGGGCCUGAAGAACUAGUGUCUGUUGCAUGCGAGAAAGCUCCUCACACUCCUGUCAUGCUUAAAGAGGCGCUUCAUUAUUUAGACAUCCAACGUGGUCAGGUGGUCGUGGACAUGACAUUUGGAGGUGGUGGUCAUACCAAAGCGAUACUGAAUCUGGUCCCUGAAGUCACUGUCCUGGCCUUAGACCGAGAUCCUGUUGCCAUUUCUCUGGCCGAGCAGCUUGCCAAGGAACACUUUGGUCGUGUGAAACCAUUGCUUGGCAGAUUCAGUGAGCUUGAAGCCCUGCUGUCUGACAUGAAUAUUAAGCCAGGCAGCAUUGAUGCCGUCCUGUUGGAUGCUGGCUGCUCGUCCAUGCAGAUGGAUCAGGCUGAGAGAGGCUUUUCCCUCAGCAAGGAUGGACCUUUGGAUAUGAGAAUGGAUGGAGACAGGUACCCCGACAUGCCCUGCGCUGCUGACGUUGUGAAUACCUUAGAUCAACAGGCUCUUGCAUCCAUCCUCACUGCAUACGGGGAAGAAAGACACGCCAAGAAAAUAGCUUCAGCCAUUGUGGAGGCACGCCGUGUCAACCCCAUCACCCGGACGCAGCAGCUGGCCAGCGUGGUGGCAGGAGGGUUUCCUGCUGCUGCUGUCUACGCACGUAAAGACCGACUCCACCGACCAGCACAUGUGGCCACUAAGACGUUCCAGGCUCUGCGUAUCUUUGUGAAUGAUGAGCUGAACGAACUUCACGCAGGCCUCCUUGCAGCUCAGACAGCACUGAGACCUGGAGGACGUCUCUGCGUGAUUACCUUUCAUUCUCUGGAGGACAGACUGGUCAAACGUUUCCUCCAAGGAGAGGACUUGUCUAAUCUUGACCAGUAUCACUUUAGCCCUAGAAAGCAGAGCAAGAGAAAGUUGUUGGAUGAAAAAAUGGAUGUUGGAAGUGUUCACUGGGUUCCUCUGCGCAGAAAAGUGAUCAAGCCUGAAAAAGAGGAUGUCAGCGACAAUCCACGAGGACGCUCUGCUAAACUUAGGGCUGCUGUCAGGCAUUGAAAGAAUGGAUUAUUUACCUUUGAAUGUUGUCUUUCUUUUAACUCUUAAGUUAUGUAAAGGUGUAAGCUUAUGUUAUAUAAAUAAACUCAUACUCUGA